AUGGUUUUCUCCAAGAGGGUUCAAGUCCUUGUCAAAGUGGAUGGUGUGGAGGUGUGCAGGGGAAUAGGAGUUGAAGAAGGGAUAAUUGCAGCCUUCAGUGCUUCAGAUGUCCCAGUGCCCAAUAUUACAGUGUUCAGGCAGAUGGAGGACAGAGAGCGUGUGAUAGUGAUGUGUUCAUUUGGAAGGAUGCUCAUUGAGAGCUCUUUCCAGCUGUCACUGAAGAGUAAAUACAACUAUACCCUGAAGAACCCACUGUGCUGUUCAAGUGAAAAGUGUGUGUUCGAAGUGAAAGGGAGUCCACCGGUUUCCUUCGCCUGUGUGCACCAGAUUGAUUCCGUCAUGAACCGUCAGAGUGAGACCUACACCUACAGUCCAUCAGUUAUUUCAGAUGUCCCAGUGCCCAAUAUUACAGUGUUCAGGCAGAUGGAGGACAGAGAGCGUGUGAUAGUGAUGUGUUCAUUUGGAAGGAUGCUCAUUGAGAGCUCUUUCCAGCUGUCACUGAAGAGUAAAUACAACUAUACCCUGAAGAACCCACUGUGCUGUUCAAGUGAAAAGUGUGUGUUCGAAGUGAAAGGGAGUCCACCGGUUUCCUUCGCCUGUGUGCACCAGAUUGAUUCCGUCAUGAACCGUCAGAGUGAGACCUACACCUACAAUCAUCAUGAGGAAGGAGUAUCUUCAUUCUACAUCUGCUUUUCCUCCUCCAUUGCUGUUGGUCUCAUCAUCAUGACUGCAGCAGUGAUCAUGGCCACCAUCAGGAAGUAACACUUGUAAAAAAAAC